AUGUCUUCCUAUUCUGCCAAAAGCGCCACUCGUAGAGGAUCCGUUGUGCCACCGCUGGCAGGUGUCGACCGUCCUACUAUCGAAACAGUGCCUGAAACUUGCGACGUUUUGAUCUGCGGCACUGGUCUCGUAGAAAGCGUCCUUGCCGCCGCGCUUGCCUGGCAGGGAACAAACGUUUUGCACAUUGAUGCAAACUCUUUCUACGGAGAUACCUCUGCGUGUUUGAACAUGAAAGAGCUCCAACACUGGCUCAACGAUGUAGCAAAUGGCGCAGAUAAUCUGAACAUGAAUGCACAGCUCUAUGUUCCGCGACCAAUGGAUACCAAACGCUACCUGGUGGAUCUGGCCCCUCACAUUCUGUUUGCCAAGAGUGACAUGCUGGAUGUCCUGAUCAAAUCGCGGGUUUUUAAAUACCUUGAAUUCAAACCCUUGGGUCAAUUCCACACGUAUCAACGAGACAGCUUCGAGAAAGUGUCGGGCAACAAACAAGAGAUUUUCACCGACCAAACUCUCUCCGCUACCACCAAGCGCAAUCUCAUGAAGUUCAUCAAGUUCAUUGCCGAAUGGAAAAUUGACGAGGAAAUGUACAAGUCACUUGGUGGCGUUCCUGCCGAUGAGUUUAUGUCGGCCAAGUUCAAAUUGGAGGAACAGCAGAUUACCGAGCUUGUGGUGGCAAUUGGCCUCUGCGACACUAUUCAUGUUCCAGCUUCGCUGGCGUUGACCCGAAUUCGUCGGUACCUGCUAUCCCUGGAUAUUUACGGCCACUUCCCAGUGUUGUAUUCGAUGUAUGGAUCGGGAGGUGAACUGGCCCAAGGGUUUUGUCGGUCGGCGGCAGUUGCUGGGGCGACCUACAAAUUAGGGGUCCAGCUGACAGCCUUCGAUGAGAGUAGCAAUAUCGCCACUUUGAGCGACGGAUCGCGGGUCCAAGUGGCUGAAAAGGUAUUCUUGUCGCCUUCACAACCCUCGCCUGUUCGGCCGCUACGCUCCGUGCAACUGGCCGACCAGCACACCACGCGACUGGUCGCAGUGGUGAGCAAUGAAUGUAAAGAGUGGUUCGCUGAACAUGAAAGUGCUGCAGUCGUUGUGUUCCCGCCAGGUACACUGGCUGGAGACAACGAACAAGCCGUACACACCGUCGUUUACGGUCCCGGAUCAGGCCAGGUGCCCGCGGGAUAUUCGUGCUGGUACUUGAGCACUAACGAAAAGGACCUUGUACGGGCACGCAAGGACCUGGGCGAUGCACUAGAGCGGCUGGAGGCGUCCAUUCUUCGGGAGUCGACGACCGACUUUGAUCUGGGGCCUCUCAGCGAAAACGACGUCGCCUUCCGACCGGACGGCACCCCUGUUGUAUCGUCGGUCAGAUUGGGCCAGAGCAUGCAGAACUUUGUGCCCAAACAGAAGCUCCAAUACCUGUUCAAGCUCGGCUACACGCAGGCGUCGUCGGGCAGCCCUUGUGAGCCCAAACCCUUGCAAGGCUUCAAAACUGUGCUGGAAGUGCCUCCUCAGCUGAAUGAAAUCAGUUACGAUGGCAUGGUUGAGCAGGCUCGCAAACUCUACGAAGCGGUUGUGGGCUCAGAUGACGACUUUUUCGACGUCGAUUUCGAAGACGAGGACGCCGAGGAAGAAGCCACUCCAGCCCCUGCCGACGACGACCAGAUGAUGCCAAUGGAUCUCUAA